AUGACUAUGGUGGGACAGGCAGUGACGGGGGUUGUUGAGGGCGCUUUUGGUGCUGGCUAUGUGCUCAAUGUUAGAAUUGGCAACUCCAAUACAACUCUGAGGGGUGUUGUACUCGAGCCAGGGCAUUACAUUCCAGUGGGUACAGCAGGAGCAAAUCUCAAAUAUGCCUCUCCAAAGGUAGUUUCUUCUGUUCCUCCUGAUGUUUUGCUUCCUGUCAUUCCAUCAAAUGGACAGCCAUCUUCUAGCCAAAUGCCUUCUGAUGCAUCCCAAGCUGCUUCUGUGUUACCACCUGUUCAACCCAGACCUGCUGGCCAGAUUCCGAUUGUCAUCAACCCCAAUUUGGGCACCAAGUUGCACAAGAAAGUGUGCAGAAUGAAAAUGCUUCAUCAAAAGAUGGCACCCCCGAGGUUGAAAAAGGAGAAAAGUGCAUGCAAUAAAUGGAGUUACAGAUGGCCGGCUCUUCAAGAUCAUCAGAGAUUCAGAACAAAAAUGGUGAGGAUGCAUGAGGAGAUGAAGAGGGAGCAUGAGUAA